AUGCAAGCAGUAGUUGACAGCAAUUAUCUUUUUCGAGACAUGGUAAUUGGUUGGCCUGGAAGUGUGCAUGAUGCACGUAUUCUUUCCAACUCGCAUUUGUAUCGGCUUGGCAACGAGGGAAAAUUGUUUGUUGGAAACCUAUCUGAAAACAUCAAUGGAACUCUUGUUAAUCCAUUAAUAUUGGGAGAUCCUGCCUAUCCAUUACUGCCAUGGCUGAUGAAACCCUACCAACAUAGUCCUGAUAUCACUGCUUCCCACAAAUACUUUAAUUAUCGACUGAGCAGAGCUAGAAUGACAGUUGAAAAUACAUUUGGGCGAUGGAAAGGACGAUUUAGGCGGUUUUUAAAGAAAGUGGAUAUGAAUGUCACAAAUGUAUGCAUCACAGUGGCAGCUUCAUGUAUUUUGCAUUAUUUGUGCGAAAUUUCGCAUGAGGAAAUUGUCGAUGAAUGGUUGAUAGAUGUACAUGCUUCUGCUGCUGCAGAUAAUGAUGAGUAUUUAGUACAAGACUUGCUUGUAACACCUGACUCUUCGGAUAUUAGAGAUGCAUUAACUGAUUACUUUAUGUCAGAUGGUGAGGCAAAUAUGGGUUGUGGUGGUUCAUAG